ACAUGUUGCUGUUUGGUUUAUUCUGUUGAGGAAAGUGGUAUUUAUUUUAAAGUUCUUAUAAGGUUAAGUUAUAUUGUUGCUAGUGAAAAUAUUAAUAAAAUAAAAUGGGAGGUUGGAAAUUAGAGGUGGGCAAGAUGGCAAUGUACAUGACAUUCCCAGUAGCUUUGUUCCACUACUUCAAUCAGCCGCAGUACUAUGAGAAGUGGGUGACUGAUAUGAAGCAAGAAUUAUAUCCACCAGAAAGCAAAUCCAAACACAAGGAAUUCAAAGAUGCAAUAAAGAAGAUCCAGGAGAAGCAGGAGAUGAAAAUGCUGAAGGCUAUGGAAGAGAAAAACUAAAGUAUUCCUUCUACUUGCAGUGUACAUAUUUAUUACAUAAUUUAGUCCAAUUUCAUGUCCAGUUUGUUGAUCAAACCUAGGAUUAGCAUUAAAGGCAAAGUACAUAGUA